AUGGAACAUAUUCAAGAGUUAUUGUAUAAGGAGAAGGAAAAAUCUAAAUACUUGCGCAAGAAAUACAAUAACUGCAUAAGAUGUGGUGUCACUAUAAUUGUUCUGGUUAUUGAUGUUAUCUACAAGAAAAUGUCCCAUGAUGGUGAUGAAGGCUCCUCCCAUGUGAAAUGGAAAGAGAAAAAGAAAAUGGAAAAACAAGAAGGUUUCCUAAAUUGGUGCUUACUCUUGAAACGACCUUCUAAGAAGCAGAGACUACCCCUUAGUGUUGCGCAACCAAUGAUGAAGAAACAAAAGGAAAGAGAGCAGACAAUGCUAAAAAAGCGAUUGAUUCUUGGGCAAUUUGGAGGCAAGCAUGGUUACAGUGCUAAAAGAUCUUUCUGGAGACGCAAGCCUGAGGACAGAGUUCUGAAAGCAAGUAAAGGUCAUUUUAGGAAUGGUAUACUAGAUGUAAAGCAUUUGUUACGUUCGACGACUUCAUCUAGAAACAAUGAUUCCAGUAUCCAUGUGGAUACUAAGGGUAAAAAGAAGGGAGAUGGAAAGAAGAAUCGAGGAACAAAGGGAGGUGGUAGGAAGCGCCGCUAA